AUGAUCAGAGCAGCAGAGCAAUCAAUAGACACACAGCAAAUGUUGGAUUUGAAUGAGGAGGUUUCCAGCAGUACGAUGACACUUGGGGAAUCUUCUAAGAAGAAUACGGUCAACGAACCACACCAUGCCAGUUACCUCACCAUGAUAAAGGGUGUAGUCCAAGCACUAAACGAAAGCGAAGAAGCUGAUAAAUCGGCAAUUCUGAAGUCUCUAGCACAGCACUAUCACGUUGGAGGAAAUAUCACAAAGGAUAAUUCACAUAUGUGCACGACGCGCAGGGAGGUUCAUGAAGAGGACGGUAUUGAGCAGGUGAUGUCGUUCUGCUAUGGAGAAUCUUCAAGCGAUUUCUCUCAUCAUGCUGCUAACCUAUUCUAUUUCUCUGCAAUGAUCAAAGCAGCAGAGCAAUCAAUGAGCAUGCAAGGAAUGCUAGACGCCAGUGGCCCAUUCCCCUCUGCCGGGAUGCCACUCCAUAAGCUCUCGGAGAAAAAGAAAAAAAUCCUCGACAAGAAGAAUCCUAUUCCUGGGCCACACCAUCCCACCUACCUAACCAUGAUCAAGGGAGCUGUUCUGGCAUUGAAUGAAAGCAAAGGAGCCAGCAAACCGGCCAUCCUGAAGUAUCUGGCGCAGCACUACCAACUUGGUGAAAACCUCCCAAAGAUUAAUUCGCAUCUGUGCAUGGCACUGAGGAAAGCCCUUAGGGAAGGCAAUAUCGAGCAGACAACAGGACAUGGCGCUUCUGGCAGUUUCAAAAUGAGCCCUACGACAUCUAAGAAAAUCCGCCCGAAGAUCGCCAAGAGAAAAGCAGCCAAAUCUGCUUUACCGAAGAUCAAACGAGUUAUUAAGAAGAGGGCUGUAGUUGCAAAAACUGUGAAGCCAAAGGUAGUGAGGAAGCCCAUCAAGAAACCGAAGGUCAAGAAAGCGAUCAAAAAGAAGGUCAUUAAGAAAAUCGUUCCUGUCGAUGGUAAGCUUCGCGUGAAGAAGAAACGUGUCGUUGUGAAAAGUAAAACACCUCUAGCAAAGAAAACAUAA